UUAUAAUUGAAUCGUUAUCUAAAUAGAAAUUCACAAAAGUAGUGGGGCAGAUUAUAUGGAUCUUUAACUUAUAUACCUAGUCAAUAUCAAAUAUGACAUAUACAAGUGUUUCUUACAUAACGUAAACCAACUAUUCGAUAAUUGGGCUAACCUAAAUUUGAAAAAAAAAAUAGUUAAUGAUGACCCUCCAUAGAUUCACCUAUAUAAGCCGCAGCUAAAGUGACAAAAAUGAGAGCUUGAAUCCCGCUUGUAAAUAAUCCAAGGAACAUAACAGGUAUAGGAACCACUAAAGGUACUAAAGAAACAAGAACAACAACUACUAAUUCAUCGGCUAAUAUAUUUCCGAAAAGUCGAAAACUAAGUGAUAGGGGUUUUGUAAAAUCUUCUAAGAUGUUAAUGGGUAAAAGAAUUGGAGUUGGUUGAAUGUAUUUACUGAAAUACCCUAAUCCUUUUUUGCUAAGACCCGCAUAAAAAUAUGCUACUGAUGUGAGUAAAGCUAAAGCAACCGUCGUAUUUAUAUCAUUCGUUGGUGCUGCUAACUCCCCUUGAGGUAACUGGAUAAUUUUCCACGGUAAAAGGGCUCCUGACCAGUUAGAAACAAAAAUAAAUAAAAACAGGGUUCCAAUAAAGGGAACCCAAGGACCGUAUUCUUCUCCAAUCUGGGUUUGACUCACAUCUCGAAUGAAUUCAAGGACAAAUUCAAAGAAGUUUUGGCCGCCAGUUGGAAUGGUUUGUGGAUUGCGAACCGCUAGAGCUGCGGAACCUAAUAAGAUAGCAAUUACAACCCAAGAAGUAAUAAGGACUUGCGCAUGGACUUGGAACCCCCCUAUUUGCCAAUAGAAAUGUUGGCCUACUUCUACACCAGAUAUCUCAUACAAAGUGAGGAUUUGUGGUGAACCUUGUUGCAACGUUAUCUUAUCUCUUUAAUUAGGUAGGUCCAAACGAUGCUGUUGGCCACAAAUUUCUUGUGGAAAAUUGAUGAUACCAACUGUUUCCGGAAACUUUCGUUCUUGCUUAUUUUAGUCAGUCAAUGUUUGUGUGUUAGUAUGUAACUAAUAUCUUCUUUGUUAAUUAUUCCUCCUUAUCAAAAAAGCUCUACGAUCUCCCAGCAAGAAAAAAAAAAACAAUGGCUUCUUCUUCUUCUUCUUCUUCUUCUACUGCUUUAACUCUUUUGGCUCCUCCUUCUUCUUUGCCUCACAAUUGGAAAUACCAUGUUUUCCCAAGCUUCCAUGGACCAGAUGUCCGCAAAACCAUUCUCAGCCACGUUGUCAAGGAGCUCAUGAGCAAAGGAAUCGACCUAUUCAUUGACAAUGAUAUAGAGAGAAGUAAGUCCAUCGGUCCUGAGCUCGUAGAAGCUAUUAGAGGAUCGAGGAUUGCUAUUGUCUUGCUCUCCAAGAACUACGCCUCUUCCACAUGGUGCUUGAACGAGCUGGUGGAGAUCAUCAAGUGCAGAGACGAACUGGGGCAAACAGUGAUGUCAAUUUUCUAUGAAGUGGAUCCAACUGAUAUAAAAAAGCAAACUGGUGAUUUUGGGAAGGUCUUCGAAGAAACUUGUAAAGGAAAAACAGAGGAGGAGAUCCAAAGGUGGAAACAUGCGUUGACAGAAGUGGCCCAAAUCGCAGGUUUCCAUUCAAAUAAUUGGGAAACUGAAGCAGAGAUGAUUGAAGCUAUUGCGACUGAUGUUUCGAACAAGCUGAACCUUUCAGCACCUUCCAGUGAUUUCGAAGACUUAGUUGGGAUGGAAUCUCAGAUGACAAAAAUUAGACGAUUGUUACAGCUAGGUUCGGAUGAAUCGGUGAGGAAAAUAGGGAUCUUGGGUCAGUCUGGGAUUGGUAAGACCACCAUCGCUAGAUAUAUAUUCAACCGAUGCUCCCAAGAUUUCCAAACAAGUGUCUUUAUAGGUAAUAUCAGAAGAAACUAUGCCAUGCCAGCUUAUUCAGACAAGCACAGUGUGAAGUUGUAUUUACAAGAGAAGCUUAUGUCUCAAGUAACCAAUGAUAAGGAUAUCAAGGCUCCACAUUUGGGAGUCGUCAAAGAUAGGUUGAAAGACAAGAAAGUUCUUCUUGUCCUUGAUGAUGUUGAUCAGUCAGUACAAGUGGAAGCCAUGGCAAACGAAACUUGUGUUGGUCCUGGGAGUUUGAUUAUUAUCACCACACAAGAUCAAAGGGUCUUAAAAGCAAGUGGGAUCGACCAUAUACACAAGAUGGAUUUACCAGGAGAUGAUGAAGCUCUUCAAAUCUUCUGCAUCAAUGCUUUUGGUCAGAAAUACCCAAAGGAUGGAUUCGAGGAGCUUGCUUGGAAAGUUAUGGAUCUUGUAGGUAGACUUCCAUUGGGGUUAGAGGUUAUGGGAUCCUAUUUUCGGGGAAUGUCUGAGCAAGAAUGGACAAAGGCACUACCAAACUUAAGGGCUCACCUUGUUCGUAAUGGAGAAAUUGCGAACAUAUUAAAGUUUAGUUAUGAUGCCUUAUAUGAUAAAGAUAAAGAUUUAUUUCUUCAUAUAGCUUGCUUUUUCCAUUUUCAAGUAGUUGAUGUAGUGGAAGGCUGUCUAAAAGAAUCUUUUUUGGAUGUGAGACAAGGGCUUCACGUCUUAUCUCAAAAAUCUCUCAUUUCUACUAAACACGGAAGGAUAGAAAUGCCUAAGUUGCUAAUCCAGCUGGGAAGAGAAAUUGUGCGACAAGAAUAUCCAAGUGAACCUGGAAAACGACAGUUUUUGAAUGAUGCAAAGGAUAUUGAAGACGUACUUGGUGAUGAUAACGCUGGUAAUAACAGUGUCAUAGGAAUAUAUUUCGAUGACAAUCAGGAAAUAACAUCAUCGACAAGUGAAAGAGCCUUUGAAAGGUUUUCUAAUCUUCAAUUUUUAGAGAUCGUUGGCAAAGGCAUUAAUCCGCAAAGUAUGAACUACAUUUCCCGAGAACUUAGAGUACUAAAAUGGUGGGAGUUCCAGAUGACAUGUUUUCCUUCAAGUUUUAACCCAAAAUUCCUAGUCAGACUAGACAUGAAUUUUAGCGGUCUUACGAAAUUGUGGAAAGGAAAUAAACCACUUAACAGUCUCAAGUGGAUGGAUUUGAGUUAUUCAAAAAGAUUGAAAGAGCUUCCUGAUCUCUCAACUGCCACUAAUCUAUAUUACUUGGAUCUCAGCUAUUGCUCGAGUCUGUUGAAACUCCCUUCCUCUAUUGGGAAUGCAAUCAAUCUCCAGAGAUUGAAUCUCAGUGGUUGUUCAAGCCUGGUGAAACUCCCUUCCUCCAUUGGGAAUGCAAUUAAUCUUGAAGAACUGGAUCUCAGUCUUUGUUGGAGUCUGGUCGAUCUCCCUGCCUCUAUGAGAAAUCUUGGUAGAUUGUCGGAAUUGAAAUUAGAGGGAUGCUCAAAGUUAGAGGUUAAUCUGGCCAACAUCAACUUGGAAUCUCUAGUAGUUCUCGAUCUCUCAGGUUGCUCUUCAUUGAAAAGUGAUCUUGAGAGUUCCACAGACAUUCAAGAGCUUGAUUCAUGGAGAGGGAGAAUAGGUCGAAUAGUACUAAGGGGAAUGAAGAAGCCGGUAUCACUCCUACCGCUUGUGGUAGGAGAACAUGUAUUAGAUUGGCUUUUGUUGAAAAGUGAUCAUCAAGAGAGUUCCACAGACAUUCAAGAGCUAGUAGAUCCAUGGAUCGGGAGAAUAUCUCGUCUACGUCGACUUAUACUAAGCAGAAUGAGGAAUCUGGUGUCACUCCCACAGCUACCGGGUUCAUUAUUGGAACUAGAUGCAGAAGAUUGUGAGUCACUGGAGAGACUAAAUUGCUCCUUUCGCUAUCCACAUAUUCGUCUCAACUUCCUUAACUGCUACAAACUAAAUCAAGAAGCCAGAGAUCUCAUCAUCCAAACUCCAACAAAUGAAUAUGCGGUCUGUCCCGCUGAAGAAGUGCCUCACUGCUUCACUCACCGAUCUUCUGGCAGUUCUUUAACCGUGAAGUUGGAUCAAACGCCAGUUGGAAAAUCAGCCAAAUUUAAGGCUUGCAUCUUAUCUGCUUCUGAUGACAAAAAUAACAUUCGACUUUUGGAGGGGAUUUUGGGCACUGAGGGUGAGGUUGAUGAAACAGGGGAUAUCACUUCCAAACGAUAUUGGGGAUCUGUCUGUUGUAGCAUCACGUCCGGAGAGAAUGCUUCCAUUGCUUGUAAUAAAAGAGUAGGUCAAGUUUUUUCGGGGCAUCUGUUCACAUUCGAAGUUGAGGUUGAAACAGAGGAGGUCACUUCCACCGAGCUUCUUUUUGAUUUCGCGCUCGUCAAUUCGGAUUCCAAAACAUGGAAGAUAAAAGAAUGCGGGAUAUUCCAACUCAUGGAGGUCCUUUGUUGAGCUUCACAGAUUACGAUGGAUUAUGAACCUUCACACAUUGAGAGCUCUGCAGAUUGGCGAUGAAGAUUAUAAGAAAUUCCAGACUAUAAGAGCAGCUGAGAUUUAGAGAUGAAGAUUAUGGAACUGCAGACAACGAGAGCUUUUUUUUGUAUCUGUUAUGUGACUACUAAGUUUCACUAUACUUUGUGUGAGCAAAAGAAUAAUUGAAUAUGAAUUAUGAUUUAUACUAUAUAUACAUACCAUUUGGU